ACAGGUUGAGAACCGCUGAUCUAGAGCAAGCAAAUUCCCCUCUGUUUUCCCCUCCCCCCUUCCCCAUGUCAUUGACUAUUGCAAAAACGGGGUCAGGGAUCCUGUAGAAUAUUCCACCUUCUGGAUUUGUUUGUUCUCUUGUGCUAUAAUUUAACUUGUUUCACUGUACCCUGAAUGGAAACCUUUUCCUAUUUUAAAUGUAAGUCUGAGAGGCUAAACUCAGUGGCUGUUAAUAUACACCUAUAUAGCACACUAGAGAAAGCAGGAUAUGGCUCAUAAUUGCAAUGGUGAAGACCUGAGAAUGCAGCUACUAAUUAGCAUGUACAUGGAGGAUUGACAUAAGGUUCAUGUUAAGGGUGUCACAUCUGCUUGAACUCACAAACUUAUACUAUAGAGAAUCAAAGGUCCUAUACUAAGUUUAUGGAAAUACUCAUUGUGGUAAAUUGUAACAGAAUGAAUCCCCAGAAUUGCUUCAAGUAACUGACAUUUCAACUUGAAAGGACAUUGCCAAGGUUGGAGGCCCUCAAGUUUCCUUCUGUUCCAAAUCUUUGUGUGAUGGCACUGGUGUCUGUGAUGUGUGGCAGAUACUGGGACGAGUAAAGGAAUGACUCUUGGCCAAAAGACUUGAGUCACCAAGCUGCCAUGCCUGCUAACUGCUGACUUUCCCUGCUGUGUGCAGCUGAGGUGGUGCUGCCCAAGUCCGGCAGAGUGUGAGUUGCCGCUGAAGGGCAGAAGAGGCCCUCCUUUGGCUUCUCAUCCCAGGAUGCCCACGUGUCCAUGAGAAGGAGGAAAGAUACUCAAUGUCAGGCAUUUGUGAAGAGAGUCAUAACGAGUAAUCUGUUUAAGAUAAUUAUGAUUAGCACCAUCUCAAUUAAUGCCUUUUUGGUGGUCUUAUGGACCGAUUAUAAAACAAGAUACAGGUUUUUCAGAGUUUUUGAGAUCACAGAGGUCUUAUUUGUGGCCAUAUACAGCGCCGAGUUCUACAUGAAUCUCUACGCGGACCCCAUUGGCUUCUGGAAGGACGGCUACAAGCUGCUAGACUUGAUGAUGAUCAUCGUCAUCUCAUUCCCCUACAUUCUCCUCAAGAUCAAGGGCAAGCACUACCCUCACCACAAGAUCGCUAAUGGCAUGCAGUCUCUGCGCAUCCUCAAGCUCAUCACCUAUAGCCGGGGCAUCCGGACGCUCAUCACCGCCAUUGGGCAGACAUUCUACACUGUGGCCUCCGUGCUCAUCCUGUUCUUCAUCCUGAUGUACAUCUUCGCUAUCCUGGGCUUCUGCCUGUUUGGAGCUCCAGAUAAGGGUGACCAGGAAAACUGGGGGAACCUGGCUGUGGCCUUCUUUACCCUCUUCAGCUUGGCGACGGUUGAUGGCUGGACAGACCUGCAGCAGCAGCUGGACAGCAGGAAUUUUUUUCUGAGCCGAGCAUUCACCAUCAUCUUCAUCUUGCUUGGCUCCUUCGUCUUCCUCAGCAUGUUCGUGGGUGUGAUGAUCAUCCACACCGAGAACUCCAUCAAAAAGUUUGAGCGGGAGCUGAUGCUGGAGAGACACAUGACGCUCAUGAAAGAGAAGCAGGUGAUCGCGAAGCGGCAGCAGGAGGAAGUCAGCAGGCUGAUGCAGACACAGGCAAAUGACUACAAAAGUUUUGGUGAGCUGAUGGAGGACUUCAAGCACACCCUGAAGCACACUGAGCCCAUGGUCUUGGAUGAUUUUGGCACUAGCCUGCCCUUCAUCGACAUCUAUUUGUCCACUCUGGACAACCAGGACACUACGAUUUACAAGCUCCAAGAGCUGUACUACGAGAUUGUGCACGUGCUGAACCUGAUGCUUGAUGACUUGCCCCAGAAGAAGCAGUUCCACUCCUCAGCAAAGGUUGACAAGAAGUAGUGUGACUGGGCACCCGGCGCUGAGGGCCUCCCAGGCUGUGGCAGCCCCCAUUAAACACAGGCUUUCUGAACCCACCUCUUCACGGUUGCUGUGAUCACGGCGUUUCCCCACCUUUGGGGGUUGGGUCUGGACAGGUGCCCAUGAAGCUGAUCCUCUGACACCAUCUACCUCAUGACACAGCCAGGCCUCUGGAGUGGGAGAAGGAGACUCAAGACUCAUCCUGGCCAGUGGCCACUUCCAGGGCCACACUGGGUCUCUUUUCCUUGACCCCAGCAGCAAGCCCCCACUGUGUUUCUGGGAAAGCCACCUGAGGACUCCAGGCCUAGCAGCCCCGAGUGCCUGGCCCCUUUGAGCUGAUGUGGCCUCUUCCCUCGGAACCUCUCUGGGCUCACCUACGGGCCGUCCCCACACCUGGCAGAGCUGCAG